UACAAGUUAAAAAAUAAAUUAAUUUUUAAUUAAAAUGUUGCUCUGGAAAGUAUGCUCAUUGAUUUGCUUGCUGUGUAUACAUUCUACAUUUCAAAUUGAGCUGGAUAAUAACUAUUUAAAUCACAAAUUAAGUGGCGUCAUUCAAUGGAAGUAUGAGAAGCGGCCGUUUUGUAAUGCUUUUACAGGCUGCGGCAAGAAACGGUCAUCUCUUCCACCUUAUCCCUUAUGGAAACGCGCCGAUAUUGAUGAAGCAAAAGCGUACAACAGCGAUGAUGUGGCCGAAGGACUAAGUGAUCUCAUCGAUAUAAAUGCUGAACCGGCUGUGGAAAAUGUACAAAAACAAAUUAUGUCCCAGGCUAAAAUAUUUGAAGCCAUUAAAGAGGCCAGCAAGGAAAUAUUCCGGCAGAAGAAUAGACAAAGAAUGAGGCAACUUGAAGAUAAUCAAGAUACAGUUGAAGGAGUUUAAGCAACAAAAAGAAAAGGAAUGAAAAGGACAAGAACAAAAAGUUAUAGAAAGUGUUAACGCAUAUAGAAAAGAAGCUAUAGUAAUAAAAAACUCUUGAAAAAAGUAAUAAAACUAAAACUAAUAAAAAAUUUACAAAUGCAUGUAGCGUAACUACGCCUAUGUAGUUAGU